AAACACACGUUUAAAAUAAAAUGGACGUGUGGCAACCUGUGACAGUCAAAGGGCGAAGGAAAGGAAGCCUGGGAAGAUAACGGAGAGGAGAAACCAGUAGAAAGAGAUCUCUAGCCGCCGCCGGGGAAAAGGAGUAACGGUGAGCACAGCAGUGUGGCAACCAGAGAAAAUAAAAACAGAGGAGGUUGUGUUUUGUCGUCUAAGUUUGUCUCCAUCCCUGGUUUUGCACUGAAUCAAAAUGAAAGGCGGUGUUGAUGGAGAAAAUAUCAGCAGCAAUGGACUUUCCACAAUUCAUCUGUUUACUCCCUACAAAAUGGGCAACUUCAAUCUUUCUCAUCGAAUUGUGCUUGCACCAUUGACUAGACAGAGAUCGUUCGGCAAUGUUCCUCAGCCACAUGCUAGCUUAUACUAUUCCCAGAGAACCUCCAAGGGAGGUCUGCUUAUCGCUGAAGCCACUGGAGUCUCUGACACUGCUCAAGGUUAUCCAGACACACCGGGUAUAUGGACUAAUGAGCAGGUUGAGGCAUGGAAACCUAUUGUUGAUGCUGUUCAUGCCAAAGGUGGGAUCUUUUUCUGUCAGAUUUGGCAUGUGGGAAGGGUCUCAAAUUCAGGUUUUCAACCCAAUGGGCAAGCUCCAAUCUCUAGCACAGAUAAGCCAUUAAGACCACAACUUCGAGCUAAUGGUAUAGAUGUUGCACAAUUCACACCUCCUCGGCGUUUAAGGACUGAUGAAAUUCCUAAAAUUAUUAAUGAUUUUAGACUUGCUGCAAGGAAUGCCAUGGAAGCUGGUUUUGAUGGAGUUGAGAUUCAUGGAGCACAUGGCUACCUAAUUGAGCAGUUUAUGAAAGAUCAGGUGAAUGAUCGAACAGACCAAUAUGGUGGAUCUCUAGAGAACCGCUGCAGAUUUGCGCUAGAAAUAGUUGAAGCUGUAUCCAAUGAGAUAGGAGCAGACAGGGUUGGAAUAAGACUUUCUCCCUUUGCAGACUAUUGUGAAGCACCAGACUCUAAUCCAAAAUCAUUAGGCCUGUACAUGGCUGAGGCAUUGAAUCAGUAUGGAAUUCUCUACUGCCACGUGGUUGAACCCAGAAUGAAAAACAUCGGAGGAAAGGUUGAAUCUCCUGACAGUCUAUUGCCCAUAAGAAAGGCUUUCAAAGGAACUUUCAUUGUUGCAGGGGGUUAUGACAGGGAAGAUGGAAACAAAGCAGUGGCUGAAAAUCAUACGGAUCUUGUGGCUUAUGGUCGUUCAUUCUUGGCCAACCCAGAUUUGCCUCAGAGAUUUGAACUCAAUGCUCCUCUCAAUAAGUACAACAGAGAGACCUUCUACACAAAAGAUCCCAUUAUUGGUUACACUGAUUAUCCAUUUUUGGAGUCCACUGCUUGAGUUUCCUGAAAAUAUAUAAUGGGGAGUGUUCUAAAUCUAAUGUAUAAUCAUUGAUUAUCUCCUUUCCAUAUGCAGCUGUUUGCAUGAUGUUUGGUUCUCUAGUUGUAUUCUACUUGCUUUGUGUUUACUAAACAGAAUAACAUUCGGGGACGAUGUAAUCCUGUCUGGAUUGGUGAAACCUUAGCCCCAUUAUACUGCCGGAAGUUUGGCCUGAUCUCAUUGGUAAGAGGGUUUGCUACAUGAUUAUUUCUAAGGCAAUUUCACUCUUUCUCAAAGGUACUUCCUUUAACACUUCCAGUCAAUAAAGUUGUGAUCUUAAUGAUGAGAAUUUGUAUCUCUAUUCAAUCUACUAGAUAAUUCAACUUCUUACCGCUCCUUUGAGAGAGCAUUUUAGUGUUAAAGGACGCUACUAUGCCAUUCUUCUGGAUCUCCUGUGCUAAAACUAGAUGGAAAAAUAUGCGUGGUACCAGGAGCGAAUAAAAAACUCCGGAAUAAUCUUUCUUUGUUUUUUCAUAGCUCUGUUGAUGCCUGUAUAAUGUAUGUUGAUAUUUGGAGAUAAUGUAUUAGAGUUUAUGCAAUUACAGUCUCUGGCUCUGGCUCUGGCUCUGGCUCUGGCUCUGGCUCUCUCCGGCUGAUCUUUUAAUUUGAAUUUUUUUUAGAAAGUUAUUUUUGAUGAAUAAUCUGGGUAGGGGUUGCCAAGUACUUAACUGUUGUAAUAAAGAUAAAUGAAAUUA